UUAGAACACGUGUAUGGUAUCUCUAGUGUCUUGGCUGCCUUGAGAGCCAAGAAACGCACUAAUUUAGACGCUUUAUAUUACUAUGCUAUUCCGUCUACGAAAAAGAAAGAUCAGUCACUGAUGAGCAAUAUUCUCGAGUUGGCUAAAGAAACACAACUCAAGACGGUAUCAGUAGACAAGGGCCGACUAAACAACUUGACAGAUAAUAAGCUUCAUCAAGGUGUUGUGUUGUCUGCUUCGCCUAGAGAUCCUAUCGAGAUCAGCAGUCUGACUGGACUUGACCUGUCAAAUACAUAUCAAGCACUUCCUCGGAUCAAUAAACGAGGCAAUCCAAAUCAUACCAACGUAUUACCCAGUAUUCAAUUAACAGCACCUAAAAGAAAGCCUUUCUGGAUUGCUCUAGAUGAAGUUCAAGAUCCUCAGAAUCUUGGCUCUAUUUUAAGAACGGCCUAUUUUUUUGGCGUAGAUGGCGUCUUACUCUGCAGUAAGAAUAGUGCGCCCAUCAGUCCUACUGUUUCUAAAGUGAGUUCGGGUGCAGCUGAAUUGAUGGAUAUUUAUUCAACACCCAAUCUUGUUAAAUUCCUGAAAGAGUCCCAUCUCAAUGGUUGGGAGAUUAUUGGUGCUGCAGGUGAAGCCAAUCCAUCCCUGACGCUAAGCCAAUUUCGGUACAAGGCUUCUGAACAUCCCCUUAUUUUAGUGUUAGGGAACGAAGGUACUGGUCUACGCACCAAUGUUAAAAGUGCAUGCAACCAAUUUGUGAGUAUCCCCAGUGCUCAACCACCAAGCUUCAAUGGGUCUGUAGAUAGUUUAAAUGUAGGUGUGGCAGCAGGCGCACUUGUU